AUGAAAGCUGUCAAGGUCGCCUUUGACGACGCAGCAAAGAGACUGGCUGAUCCUUCCUUGGGCGACACUACUUUCGGCCGCCUUGCCGACAAAGCGCAAUUCGGCCUGGUCAAUGGGUUCUUGAAUGAUUGCAAAGCCGAGCGGGUCAACUUCUUGGGUGGCGUGGCAGAUCUUGCUUCAAGCUCACUGGGAACGGACCAUCUGACCAACAUUUACCGUUCAUCCUCCGUGGAGAGCCCCAGCACGAGGUCCGCCGGUUCUUCGGCUAACAAGGUCUCCGAGGCGAAUCGCAACUUUCUGCGGGCGAAGGGAGCAUUAGAUUUCCCCCCAACAGAUAUUUGUGACCGACUCUUGAGAACCUAUUUCCACCAGGUUCAUCCAUUCCUUCCCAUUGUGCAGCCCAAUGACUUUCUGGUGCAAUAUGAGGCGGGUGGUCCCUGCAGCACCGACCUCGUCCUCUUAUGGAGCAUGUUUUUGGCGGCCGCCAAUUUCCUUGACGUCGAAACCCUCACGAUGCUAGGAUACUCAUCUCGCAAAAUGGCGAAACGAGCAAUGUACCAAAAAGCCAAGGCAUGCUUCCAUACAUGUACCGGACAAAGCAGGACUGUACAUAUUCAGUCAGCCCUUCUUAUGGGACUCUGGAUCUCAGACCUUGAGGGUGACACCACCGCAUGGCACUGGACUGGCGUCGCAAUUGCGCUUUACCAAUGCGCCAGAGUCGCCUGCCGGACAGAUUCUCAUUCGAAUAGAGGAGCUGGCUCCUUUCCGUCCGAGAAUCGGCUCAUGCCGCUAAUUUGGUGGAAUUGUUGCAUUCGUGAUGCAUGGCUCUCGCUUGCCUUGGGUCGGUCAAUGCGAGCGGCCUGGCGCGAGAACUUCGCACUGCCCUCAGUCACAGACAUGUCGGACUACAUGACAGGCAUGCCGGACGCUCUCAAGAUCAAGUAUCUUCCAGGAGAUCUGACAGUAUUGCAUGACCUCUGGGUCGACUUAUUGAAGACGAGCCUUGUGCUGAAGCGAAUCCUGGCCAUUCGCGACCAGUUCAUGUCAGUCCCGGUGCCUCAAGACAAAUUCAGCGGCAUGGAGAGUGAGCUACUUUGCGUUUCGCGCAGUUGUGAAGAGAAACUGUAUGGCCGGAGCGGCAUUGUACUAGCUCAUGGUUAUCAGCUCGAGUUCUAUGUGUGGACGGUGACAUCAGUUCUAUACCAUCUCCGCGGAUCUUUAAAAGCGCAAUGGUCUAAUUCACAGACGGGCCGCGAUCCCUCAAUAUCUCCGUCAGAAAUGCGAUCGUUACUUUUUCGCUGCAGCACGGCGCUGGACAAGCUGAUUGUGGAGGACGCGAUCCGUACCUCUCCACCGAUGCUGAUUUUUGCCCUUUGUCCUGUGAUACAGCUACAACUCAUGAACUCAAUCCAUCCCAACUCACUUGCUCAACAAGCUGCCAUUCACCACCUUGAGCUGUACAUGUUGGUGGUGCAGGAAUUACAGCAUACGUAUUGGAGUGCAGACUUCCUUUUUGACGUCUGCUCUCAUGCGAUGAAGCAACCCCAGAUAGCUACCAAGCGCGAUCACCCUGCGCGAACCAUGACAGUCCCAGCCAAGCCCCCUCCUGGAUCCAAUCUAGCCGUUGAAGGGCGAACGAGCGGUUACCUUGAUAGCUCUCCGGUGGAGUUUCUUCCAGACGUACUCUCCUGCGAAAGUGACCGCUUGCGAGAUUCUCGUGUAUCUCUGGAUGCAUACAACAUCAAAACGAGCGCAUUCAUUCGCACAGGGGAGGUGGAACAGGGGAGUGAGAGUACCAAACCGGUUUCACCUUUGGUACCUUUAGAAUGGAGCAUCUUCGAUGAUCUUGGUGUCAACUGGUCCCUUGGGGGGGCGGAAGAGUAUAAUACGGCCGCAUUUUCCUGA